AUGCCGUCAUUCAAUCCAUGGAGUUCGAAUAACCCUGCAGCUUUCGGUCCUCACCCGCUUGUCCCGUCUGCUGGUACUGGUACCACUCCGGCCGUAUUGCAGCAAUCUGAACAACAAUCCACCCCAACCAGACAACUUCCUCAGAAUCUUCACCCUUCUCUUUUACAAGAAGCUAUUGGUCCGGCAUCUCAAAGUCAGUCCGCCUCCCGGUCAGAAACUCAAAGCUCAAGUCAAUCCGAUGUCAACAUGAAUGAAGACGGGUCGGAUUACUUGCAGUCGCAGCAAAGUGUUGGCGGAGCAGAGGGAUCGGGUAUGACAGAGGUUGAAGAACAAAUUCUAGCCGCAAAUCCAAUCAUGGAAGCUUUCGGGAAUGCCAAAACCGCUCGAAAUGACAACUCGUCCCGAUUCGGAAAGUACAUAGAAAUCCUUUUUGACAACGAGCAAAAUAUUGUGGGAGCAAAGAUUCGAAUGUAUCUACUGGAGCGAUCACGUCUAGUUUACCAGCCUGAAACCGAACGAAACUACCACAUCUUUUAUCAGCUGAUUGCUGGCACACCACAAGCGGAGCGAAAACAGCUUGGUCUAGACUCGAUCAGCAAGUUCCAUUAUCUUAACCAGGGUGGACCGAAAUUCGGAUUGACUCAAGAAGCCCUCAGUACAGUCGGUAUUGGGAUGACGCAGCAAUGGGCCAUCUUCAAGCUAUUGGCCGCCUUGCUUCAUCUUGGAAACAUCGAAAUCAAUGCUGCCCGGACAGAUGCCUCGCUGAACGACGAUGAUCCCAGUCUGGUUCUAGCAUGUAAUUUGCUUGAGAUCGAACUUGGCGAAUUCAAAAAAUGGACCAUCAAAAAGCAAAUCAUCACUCGGUCCGAAAAGAUCGUCACCUCCUUGAGCGCCGCCGCUGCGAUCAGUGUACGAGAUUCCGUGACAAAAUACAUCUACAGCAGUCUCUUCAAAUGGUUUGUCUCUGUCGUUCAUGGAAGAUUGUACAACACCGAUCUCGAUGAUAAGGAGUUAAAAAAUGUGUUUUGUAGGUUCAGAACUUCAGGAAGUCUUGUAGGUGGAAUACCAAAAUAUGUGAGAACAAAAGGAUCUAUGAGAAAAAUGAUUGAAGCGUGA